AUGGACGAGGCGGACGUGUUGGCCGACCGCAAGGCUAUCGUGUCCAACGGGCGGCUGAGAUGUGUGGGCACAUCUCUGUUCCUGAAGAAACGGUUCGGUAUUGGCUAUCAUUUGGCGGUUGAUAUCAGGCCCGGCACUGAUGUCGAUACCGUGAACCACUUGAUUGUUGCCAACAUCAGUAACGCCCGGUUGGAGCGCUUCACCGCAUCCGAAGUCUUUUAUAUACUGCCGCCGACCGAAACCCAACUCUUCCCGCGACUCUUCGACGCGUUGGAGAGGAAUAUCGCCGAAGAGAACAAUUUUAUUCAAAGUUUCGGCAUUUCGAUGACCUCUUUGGAGGAAGUGUUCCUCAAAUUGGGCGAAGAGAUCCACGACGAGAGUCAAAACACUCAUAAACAGUACACAACCGACGACUCGGUGCGACCCAGCCUUCGGCUCGAGUCCCUCAUCUCCGACGAAAGUGACUUAAAGCCAUCGUUUUGGCAGUCAUUCAAAGCCUUCCUAUACUUACGUCUACUGAUAUUCAUCCGCAAUCCUAUGCACGCCAUACCAAUCAUUGUCCUCCCAGUCAUUAUCAUAAUCAUCUCGUACUUCUUGGUCCGCACGUCUAGUGUUAAGGACUUGAGUCCAACGCCGAUCCUAUUGAAGCCAUCCGUGUAUACGACCAGAGCUUUACUUUACAAAAACGCCACAAACAUUGAUGUGAAGAAGUUUACCGAAUUAGUUGACCGAUUGGGUGCCACCGCGCGGUCAGUGGACAACUUCAGCAUGAAGUCAGUGGCCGAUAGCUAUAUGGCCGCUAAGAUCGAUACUUUAGACAAACCAAUGGAGCUAUUAUUUAAUGACACGUUCACUCAUUCGCUGCCAAUACUAAUAAAUCUGAUGUCAAAUGUCUUGUAUUAUACUCAGGGAUCGGCGAAACCGAUCCAAAGUCCGAUCAAUACUUAUAAUCAUCCGUUCCCUCAGACCGACGAAGAAUCUGUUUUGUACUCAUUUGACGGCAAAGUAUUUACUUAUUGUAUAUUAAUGGCUAUUAUGUUGGGAACCAUUCCGCCCACCAUUUCUGUUGAAGUGGUUGAAGACAGAGAAACAAAGAUAAAGAAUUUGUUACGAGUUUGCGGCCUAACUCUGCGCCAGUAUUGGUUCACGACAUUAGUCUGUCAUAUGAUUAUGUUCUUAAUAUCAGUGCUUCUCAUACUAAUCAUAACCGUAUGGAUAGUGAAGAUUGAGUUCCUGCAGGACUCGGAGGCCGUGGGCUGUGUCUUCAUUUUGUUCAUACUAUUCAUUCCGUCGUCACUCAUCACGUGUUAUGUUUGGUCUCAUUUGUUCAACAAGAAGGAGACGGCGCGCGGUAUUUUGCCCCUACUUUGUUACCUGCCAGGUAUGAUCAUGGUGAUGGUGGUGGCAUUGGUGUCGCCCAACAACGCAGACACCGGCAAACUAUUGCAUUAUGUGUUUUGCUUUCUAACCCCGUUUUACGUACCGCAGGGCGCACUCCUAUACGUUGCCAUUACAUCCAAUUUAAUAAAGAUCUCAUCGGUGGCGGGCAUUCCGAGGGUCUCUUUCUUUGAUUGGAAUCAAAAUAUAGUCAUUUGUUUCAUUGCGCUUUUGUUUCAUUUGAUAUUAUACUCAAUAUUGUUAACAAUUGUGGAUAAACUGAAAUCUGGCGAAAGUAUGUCGAGUGCGUUGGGGUUCGACAGACGACCGGCCCAUACAAUGUCUAUGCCGUCCGAACUCGAGGACGAAGACGUUCGCCACGAGAGGGUUGAGGUCCAGAAGUUUAUGACUGAUAGCCACCCGAAUAAGCAACCAAUAGUAGUGUUGAAUGAAUUGCAUAAGAAAUACUCGACACCUAAUCCUUACGCGUGUCUCAAGAAAGACAAGAAACGGGCGAAGACUGCCGUUCAGAACAUGAGUUUACUGCUAGAAUCGGGUCAUGUGUUCGGACUGUUGGGUCCGAACGGCGCCGGAAAGACGACGACAAUGAAGAUUAUGAUUUGCGAAGAGAUCCAAACGGAGGGAACGGUUCUGAUUAGUGGCCACAGAGUGAAGGCAUCCGAUUCUCAUGUAUUCAAACUCAUCGGCUAUUGUCCACAACACGACGCCCUCUGGAAAGAGAUCACUGUUAGGGAACACAUGGAACUGAUAGCCGCCAUACGAGGCAUUCCUCGAGAUCGCAUCAAAAGGAUUUGCGAUAAUUAUAUCGAAGACUUGAGAAUUAGCGAACAUUCGGCCAAAAAGACUCAGGAGUUGUCCGGAGGAACGAAACGCAAAUUGUGUUAUUUGAUGGCACUGUUGGGCCGCUCAUCACUGGUCCUAUUGGACGAGCCCUCGACGGGAAUGGAUCCAAAAGGUAUGUCUAAAAGCAAAUCGAAGAGAUUCUUAUGGCAAACAAUUCUGUCUGCGUUUGAACGCAACACAAACCGAUCGGCGGUAUUGACCACCCAUUCGAUGGAAGAGGCGGACGCCCUCUGCACACGACUGGCGAUUAUGAUCAAAGGUGUGAUGCGUUGCAUCGGUUCCGUACAGCACCUGAAGAAUAAAUACGGCGCCGGAUAUGUGUUGGAGAUUAAGUGGACACAAACGCCAGACAACGCCGGCUUCGGUCCCAAACUGAAGCACACGAUUGAGUCGUUCUUUGCGAACAACGUUUCGGUGAAAGAGGAGUACAACAAUCGACUCGCUUUUGAUAUUCCUCAGCAGUCCAUACAAUCGUUGUCUAAGAUAUUUAGCUUUUUGGAGGAUUUGCGGCAAACAAUGGCAGACAUCGAAGAGUAUAGCUUUAGUCAGAAAACAAUUGAACAGAUUUUCAUUGAUUUUGCUAAACAGCAAGAGUUUGAUCAAUAG